GGGGAGGAGGGAGGAGAGGAGGGGUGCUGGAGGGGAAAGCCCGCGGAGGAGCUGCAGCAGCAGGAGCAUCAGCAGCAGCAGCAGCGACGGCAGGGGGAAGAGGAAGGCGGAGGAUGAAGGCGAAGGGGAUGCGGAGCAGCAGCAGCUGACCCCGGGGGGGGAGCCCGGCCAUGGCCUUCUUGGGGGGGCCCCGGCUCCUGGACUGGGCCAGCUCCCCCCCUCACCUCCAGUUCAACCGCUUCGUGCUCACCGGAUACCGGCCGGUCAGCUCCGGGUCCGGGUGCCUCCGCAGCCUCUUCUACCUGCACAACGAACUGGGCAACAUCUACACCCACGGCAUACCUCUACUUGGGUGUCUCGUCGUGCUGCCGUUGACCAUUCCAUGGACCCGACUCACAGUGUCAUGGCUGGGAAUAGUGCACUACUUGGCGUGUAUCUUUCCACAGUUGGGCAGCGUGCUCUACCACCUCUUUAUGAAUCAUGAGGGAGGUCCUGCUGUCUACCAUACCUUGCUCACCCUUGAUAUGUGUGGGAUAUGCAUGGUCAACACCUUGGGUGCUCUGCCAAUCAUCUACUGCACGCUGGCCUGCUUCCCAAUUCCCCGCACUCUUUCCUUGCUGUCCUACACCGGCUUGUCAAGCUACGGCAUCUUCUGCGCAGUGACUGCCCGCUCCAGUGUCAAUCGCCUCCGGGCCUUUGUCUGGCAGGCCCUGUAUCGCUUCUUUUUCUUCUUCCUGCGCUGGAUGGGACUGGGAACAGGUCAUCCUUCUUCGCUGCGUUCAUACCUCAUAAUGGAUGGGUUGGCCUUCCUUGGGGGUGUCAUCAAUAUCUCGCGGGUGCCCGAGCGCUGGAAGCCGGGACGUUUUGACUACUGGUUCAACAGCCAUCAGAUUAUGCACGUGCUGGUGGUAGUCAGCAUCCUCUAUUUACACUGGGGAGUAGUGGCUGAUCUACAGUGGAUCACCAAUGACGCCUGCUCAAUGGAAUGACCAUGCUGUGUCUGGGCUCGCACCUCAGCCUUCAGCAGGAAAACCCCACUGAUUGAAAAGCGGGAUGCUUCCGAAGUGUAGGCUGCUAGAUCUCAUUGGUUCAAAGUCUUCUACAAGGGCUGAAUUGGACAAGAAAGCAUGUAGAAACAACCUACUUAGAGCAGGGUGGGGUUCCCCCCUUCUGGGUCCAAGGCUUUCCAUUGGAUCAGGACACUUGUGGGUCAAACAAUGAAUUUCUAUUGAUCUGAGGUGCUCUGAAAUCAGCUAGUGGUCUACCCUUAAUCUUCCAAAUUACUACCAUGGGGUGAAUUAUUUGGUUAGGAAAUGGGCUGGCUGGCUGACUGGCUUAGACUCCUAACUUGUUGGGACCCUACAAGUCAUUUCCUCUACGCUGUGGGCCUUCCUCUAAGUCUGUCACCAGAGCUAGUUUUCUCCUGGGCUUUGGUGUGGUCAUGGAGGAAGAAUACUGUUGCUUCAACCUAAUUUUCACCUGUUUUGAAGGUGAAGUACGCACUGGGAGAAGAGUAAUUGAGUAGAAGACACUUGUUUUGAGUACAGCUUCUCUGCUUUCUAGAGACAUGGUAUUUAAAUAGACUUUUUAUCCAGGUAUCUUUCAGACACCAUGCAAUACUUUCUGGGUUUUUUUUUUAAAAAAGGGCUGGUUAGACACCUGGGUGCCAAGGUCAGCUGCACUUAAGUGAAGGGGAGGUUCUGUUGGAAAGAGUUGGGAUGCAGUUAGCCAGGUGAUUGGAAAAGAGAUGCUCUCUGUAUGUAUUUAAUUUGCUCUGAAAUGACUUGAAGCACUGAACCAGCAUUUCCUUUCCCCUUCCCUGCCAAAGAGGCAACCAGGGGCCUUGAAACUGGGUUGGGGUGGAAGGUCAGGGGUUCAAGUUUCCACUUCUGGUAGUUUUCACCAAAUUUGUGAUUAUGGCUCUUACAGCUUGUCUCGAUUUCUGAUUUUUUUCCCCUAGUGAUUGCUACUUACAGAUACACCCAAGAUACUGUUUUCUCCUUUGCCAGCUAGACUUCUGCCAGAGCAUAUGCUUUCCAGAGUUUGUUUUAUUUCCUGAUGACUCUCCUACCGCAUAUAAUUUUUGGCUUGGAGGUAAUUCUACUCCUCUUUCCAAAUUACUGUAGAUUUUUUCCCUUUCACUGGCAUUUUGAAUUGGUGGUCCAUCGUGACAGGUUCACUGUGGAGUUUUGCUUGUUUGGCUAGAACUGGAUUCAUCAGGUUGAUUCCUACUCUAAAAAAUGUUAAGAUCUUAUCUCAGAUCCCAGCUAGAUUUCUGUGUGAGCUGUUUAAGAACAUAGAGUUGGAAGGCUGAGCCCCAGUUCGUUUUCUGGCAAGGCAUUUGGCCAUUCCUUUACACACCUCGUCCUCCCUUCUGUCCCCAAGUUAGGAACUGGGAGGUCAGGCAUUUCCUUCAGGUGUCUGAAAUUUGGCCCAGAGUCCUUUAGGUGCUCCUCCAUUUUAGGUGCUUGCUUGAUGCCAGUGAGGCCAAUAUAUAUUGUUUUAAAUAAAAAACAUAACCAUGUUUCUGUUGUUCAAAACAGCGGGCCUUAUCCCUCUUCAGCAGCCAGGUCCUCAACGACUAUAUCAUGUGCUGGCUUUUAAUGUGAAUCAGGAAUGAGUAUUUGGUGGCUGCUUAAACGUUGGACUUUGGUACCAUCAUUCUUAACCAUGAACCAUGCUGGCUGAGGUGCCACAGGUUCCUCACCCAUAAUGUAAAUGGUUUUUCAGCUGGCAUUUGUUCCAGAUCUUCAUGGUAAAAAUUCUGAAGUCACUUUUGAAGGGGGGGGGGGGGAUUAGCCUCGGAAGAAUGCAUCCGGACCAGUCCAGCAAGCCAAUCCAUAUAAAGGCAUUUUAAUUUACGUUCAGCAAAUAUUAUUUACCUAGAUUACAAGAAUGUGGCUUUUAAAAAGCUCUUGUAGAUGAUGGUAUUCCUCCCUUCCUACAGUGGGGCUUUCUCUUUUUUCUAUGCAGCACCGGUCUUAAUCCAUACUGUAUCAGUGGCUGAGCAAAGGAGCAUGUGUGAAAAGAGUUAAGGACUUAUUGUGGUGAUCCACGCUGGUACUGAGUUCUCAGUGUGUAUAAGACAAACCUAUCUAGAUUCGAUUGCGUCAGAGCCAAACAAGAUAUGGCAUGUAGUUGUAUCUUUCUAUAAAUCCGAGUGGGUGGGAGAAAGUUACCCUCUUGCAGUUUCACUCAGUGGAAAGUGAGUGGGUGGGAGAGAGUGCGGUGAGCAGACCAACCAGAGCAUCCCCACUCCUUCUCCUAAAAUUCUCAGGAGCCUGGGGCUAUGUAUAUUCCUGAGAAAAGUCCUGCAAAUGCAUGCCAUAUUAAUUGGGAUCUGUCAUCUCUAGAGAGGAUGACUCAGCUGGUGGAUAAGAACUUCGACCAAUCAGAUACAACUUUAACAGUGAACAGCUAAAGUGCAGAUGGGAAAGUGGGUCUUGGGACAAGUAGCUAUUGUAAAGUCUACUGCCUUGGUGGAGAAUACCCAAGCUGAGGCCUUGUUUACUCGCCACAGGUUGUCUUCUGCUGUGGCAGAAGGAAGAAGCAUUAACAAGUCUGCAUUAGGAAGAGGAAAGGACUGACUAAAGCCUCCCACAUUGGGGUGUGAAGCGUCUUUCUGCACUGCAACUUUGGGCUGCAGCGGUUUCACCUGCUGCCACAGCCCAGUCUUGUCUCUUGUUAUCUCAGGGUAGACGGACAUGGUUAAUGUUCGCAGCUUUUUUGGGCUGAAGUGACAUAUCUCUUUAAAAUAAAAGAGCAAGGCACCCAGUUAAAAUGCACUUCAAGGAGGAGGGAGAGAAGGAUAAUGUAGGUGCUUACGGUCCCAGAACCUCUUGUUGGACAGAGGGCAUGUCUGGGCUUCUAAUAAAGAGAUGUCUAAGGAA